AUGACUGCAGUGUCGAUGCGAAACGUGGCUAGUUGCUUGGCAACUAGAGCUCUUCUCUUUUCAGGAUGCGAAGAGUCAUCUCCCUAUGUCCGGGCAUUCCAGGCGGCAACCGUCAGAUUGAACUGCUUCCCUAUUUUGUGUUUAUUUAUUCGAUCGGGUAACGCAAAUGUGGAGGCCCACCAGCUGUGGCAAGCUGAUCAGGAUAAAACACCGGCAAGCAAUCUUUAUCCCGCCUUCACUAGGGGCUUCCGCGGUCACAGAACAGGGAGUUCUGUUCAUAUCUAUCUAUCUAUCUAUCUAUCUAUCUAUCUAUCUAUCUAUCUAUUUCAAAAUCGCGACAAAUAUCUAUCUAUCUAUCUAUCUAUCUAUCUAUCUAUCUAUCUAAAUCUGUUCAUAUCUAUCUAUCUAUCUAUCUAUCUAUCUAUCUAUCUAUCUAUUCAAAUUUGUUCAUAUCUAUCUAAAUUUGUUUAUCUAUCUAUCUAUCUAUCUAUCUAUCUAUCUAUCUAUCUAUCUAAAUUUGUUUAUAUCUAUCUAUCUAUCUAUCUAUCUAUCUAUUUAUUAAAUUGUUUCAUAUCUAUCUAUCUAUCUAUCUAUCUAUCUAUCUAUCUAUCUAUCUAUUCAAAUUUGUUCAUAUCUAUCUUUUGUUUAUAUCUAUCUAUCUAUCUAUCUAUCUAUUUAUCUAAAUUGUUUCAUAUCUAUCUAUCUAUCUAUCUAUCAAUCUAA